UCAUGUUUACCUAUUACAUACAAACCGUAAGGGCCUAAUAAUAAAUGUUGUUGUGUUAUUUGGAGAAAAACAGAAAAUACGGUUAAUCACCAAAUGGCGUCUGGCUGAUAUUUGUAUAAAGGGACUAAUUACGGGUUGCACUUAACAAACAAACAAAAUGAGAUGUUGGAACGAAAACCAUGUUUUGGUAUUAUUCCGUGUUUUCCUGGAGUUAGCAGGAACGCAUAGCCACAUGUUUAUUCAGCAUCUUCAACGAAAUUUGAAUGAAUACAGAAUUUCCCAUUUUUCAUGGAACCUUCGGAACAUCGACAAUGAUAAAUACGUAUCGCUUAGAACGAUAGAAAACAACAAAGACAAGGCGUUCAGAUAAUACUUGUUCAGUCACCGCCCGGAUGUCAAGCAACUUCCAGACAGUGAGCAUGUAGCAAUGAUGUACCGAGGUAAAACUGGGAAUUACCCGGUGAAACUUCAAAAGAGAGAGACGGAACACCCUCAAAUGAUGGGGUUCAAAGAUAAAAAAGGGAAACACCCGGUAAAACAUCAGAAGAGAGAGGCGGAACACCCUUAAGUGAUUAUAUACGGAGGUAAAACUGGCAAUAACCCGGUUAAACUUCAAAGGAGAGAGGCCGAACCCCCUCAAAUGAUGACGUUCAAAGAUAAAAAUGGAAAACACAAAAUAAAACAUCAGAAGAGAGAGGCGGAACACCCACAAACGAUGAUGUACGGUGGUAAAACUGGGAAUUACCCGGGGACACUUCAAAAGAGAGAGGCGGAACGCCCUCAAAUGAUGGGGUUCAAAGAUAAAAAAAAGGGAAACACCCGGUAAACAUCAGAAGAGAGAGGCGAAACACCCACAAGUGAUGAUAUACGGAGGUAAAACUGGCAAUAACCUGGUAAAACUUCAGAGGAGAGAGGCCGAGCCCCCUCAAAUGAUGGGGUUCAAAGAUAAAAAAGGGAAACACCAAAUAAAACAUCAGAAGAGAGAGGCGGAACACCCACAAUUGAUGAUGUACGGAGGUAAAACUGGGAAUUACCCGGGGACACUUCAAAAGAGAGAGGUGGAACGCCCUCAAAUGAUGGGGUUCAAAGAUAACAAAGGGAAACACCCGGUAAAACAUCAGAAGAGAGAGGCGGAACACCCACAAUGAUGAUAUACGGAGGUAAAACUGGCAAUAACCCGGUAAAACUUCAAAGAAGAGAGGGCGAGCCCCCUCAAAUGAUGGGGUUCAAAGAUAAAAAAGGGAAACACCAAAUAAAACAUCAGAAGAGAGAGGCGGAACACCCACAAUUGAUGAUGUACGGAGGUAAAACUGGGAAUUACCCGGGGACACUUCAAAAGAGAGAGACGGAACGCCCUCAAAUGAUGGGGUUCAAAGAUAAAAAAGGGAAACACCCGGUAAAACAUCAGAAGAGAGAGGCGGAACACCCACAAUGAUGAUAUACGGAGGUAAAACUGGCAAUAACCCGGUAAAACUUCAAAGGAGAGAGGCCGAGCCCCCUCAAAUGAUGGGGUUCAAAGAUAAAAAAGGGAAACACCAAAUAAAACAUCAGAAGAGAGAGGCGGAACACCCACAAUUGAUGAUGUACGGAGGUAAAACUGGGAAUUACCCGGCGACAUUUCAAAAGAGAGAGGCGGAACACCCUCAAAUGAUGGGGUUCAAGGAUAAAAAGGGAAACACCCGGUAAAACAUCAGAAGAGAGAGGUGGAACACCCACAAACGAUGAUGUACGGAGGAAAAACUGGCAAUAACCCGGUGAAUCGUCAGAAGAGAGAGGCGGAACCCCCUCAAAUGAUGGGGUUCAAAGAUAAAAAAAGGGAAACACCUGAUCAAACUUCAGAAGAGAGAGGCAGAACACCGAAAACUGAUGAUGUAUGGAGGUAAAACGGGCAAUUACCCGGUAAAACUUCAGAGGAGAGAGGCCGAACCCCCUCAAACGAUGAUAUUCAAAGAUGAAACUGGGGGUAACCCGGUGAAAUUUCAGAAGAGAGAGGCGCAAAACCCACAAACGAGGAAACACAAAGAUAAAACAAAGAAUAACCCGGUGAAGGUUCAGAGGAGAGAGGCCGAACCCCCUCAAAUGAUGUUUUACAAAGAUAAAACUAGGAAUAACCCGCUUGAACUUCAGAAGAGAGAGGCGGUACACCCACAGAUGAUAAUAUACAAAGAUAAAACUAGGAAAAAUGCGGUGAAACAUCAAAAGAGAGAGGGCGAACCCCCUCAAAAGAGUGUAUAUGACGUACCGCAAGUAAUGAUGUAUGGUAAUAAAUUCAUCCCCUCGAAACUGCGACAAAUUAUGGUAAAUAACAAACCACAGAUGAUGGUAUAUAUUAAAGCGUUAAUGGUGAUGUAUUGUGAUAAAAUACGUCCUUUGAACCUUCGACAGAAAUCGACAAAUCAUCCACAAAUGAUGGUAUAUAACGAACCACAAAUGGUGAGGUAUGGAGAUAAAAUACUCCCUUCGCAACUUCUGAAGUUAUCUUUGGAAUAUCCACAGAUUAUGGUAUAUACCACCCCACAGUCGAUGAGUUAUAACGGCGAGAAAGAUCAUUUAACGAAACGGUAUUUAAAAGAGCAACCAGAAGAACUGUCCUUGAUAAACAAAUCAAAUGCAAGUAGUAUUGAAACCAACAAUUUGGAGUAUUUUGAUCCGUACAUACAUCUGUGGUGUUUAAUUGCAGAAUCUUUGUCUCUUAAAUUCCCAGAGGAGGAUGUGUAUUUUAAGAGCUGGAGCCAGCGUAUUGUCCUCUUUAAUUAUAGCCAGCUUAACAGAAGUAAAUUCACAGAACUUUUCCCUCGAUUACCACUGCACGUUAUGAUUGAAGAAUUGUCUCUGACAAACAUAUUUCAAAACUUAUUCUGGCAAUUUAGUUUUGACCAAGCAUUCAUGAACCAAAAAUUAGCCUUAUCAGGAAUGUCUGGAUUUCCACAAUUAAGCUUAAACAGAAAGAAAGAUUUUACACUGAACUUGAGAAACAUCAAACAAUCAAAGUACCGGUAGUAGAGGAGAGUGUGAUUUUAAGUUUCGACCAUCCUGAUUUGGUUGAAGGCCUUUAUCGUUCAGGGCUAUUUGAAAAGAGUAGGGAAUAUGUAGAUGCUGGAAAGCAUUUGUAUUCAUCACCAAAGUGCGCACCAAAAAUUGCGCACCAAAACCCUGAAUCUGAAUACACAAGCUCAUGCAUCAGUCAAUUUCAACCAUCCACCCCAGGUCCCGGAAUACCAGGGACUUUUAUUUUCGGUCCAGCCAACCCCAGCUAAAUUCCCAGCCCUGCGGAGAUAAUCUGGUGGUUAAGUCCCCACCAAAGGCACCCGCACCCAAGGGACAUAAGGUUAAGCCACAGGCACAGGUAUACCCCCGGAUGAGGGAGCCGUGGUUUCAAUUGACUGGUGCAUAAUGAUCCUUGUGAUCCAAUCUCAUGCCAAGACGAUUUCUGUUCUAACAUUGCCAGGUUAGUUAUUUUAUUAGCAUAAAAAAGCCUGGACAGUAUUUGAGAAAGACUGUUGUGAGGUUAAAUCUUCAUUACUUCACUAUUCCACAACAUUGGGUGAUAAUGGAACUUUAUUAAAAAAAAUUGAAUUGAA